GGUUGUCGGCAUGCUUUGCAGAAAUAUAAAGACGUAGCAGGAACGCUCGAGAUGAACCGGUAUUGUUAUGACAUCACUGUCACACACGAACUAGCGCCCGGCAUCAUGCAAGAGGUCGCAAAUUCUGAAGAACGGCUUCUAUCUGGCCCACCACGUAUAUAUUAUCUAUCAUUGAGGAUGUCUAAUACAUACGACCAUAGGAUCUUGAAUUCAGCGCUUCCCGUUCGCUCAGCGGUACUUAAGCAGGAUACCGGCGGAUUAGUAGUUAGGUGGGUGACCACUAGCGAAUCCCCGCUGUUGUAUGUUUUUGGCUCUUUUUGGAUCUUAGGAUUUGGUGAAUCGACAGCAGCAAAAGACUGAAAUGGCACUGAGUUCCUCUUUUUACAUCCAAAAAGCGAGAGGGAGGGUACCUGCUACAGGAAGAGGUUAGAGCGUCUAUAGAUGUUCUGAUUUUGCCAGUGAGACGUGUAGUUCUCAUACACAAUAGAAUCCUUUAGCAUGUUAGUUUCAGCAAGUCGCAUGUACUCUAAGUAGCCGUCUUAAGAUGAGAAGAUCCCGCAACAAUGGCAUGGUCUUGAUGUUCGAGGC